GAGAACCAUUACUCAAUCCAAACUAUCAAGAAGCCUUUAAAAGAUUUGGAGACUUAUUAUUAAAUAAAAACCAAAGAUACUUCAACAACAGAAGCCUAACACAUUUACCAACAAGUUUAAUCCAAACUAUUGAAGAAAGACAAGUUAUAUUCUCAAUGAUACAAAUACCAACACCAACCAUAACUCAAAAUAUAACAAUAACAAAUACUCAA